GGCCAGUCAAGUUCAAUCGAGAAAGCGCUGAGCUGGAUGCUGCCGAGUGUGAUGCUGCACUGAACCUUAACCAUGAAUGGCCAAGAUUUCUUUUAGCCCGAAUCGAGAGAAACACGGCAACAACAACCAAAACUAAUGUUCUGAGAGCAACUGCAAUGACGAGACCCCAAGCAGCGAUUCACAGUCUUCUGGGGUAUAUAAAACGUGUGGACCACUCCAUUAGCAGUUCAAACUUUUAACGAGCACCGAGCGGCACGCGACCGAUAAGAAAACCAAACCAAAGCCAAGCCCCAAAGCAGACCAGAAUGCAAGCCUGUAAACUGUUUCUCUCAUUGCUGCUGGCGAUGCACUGCACUCAAGCGCUGCUGGCUGCCUGUGUGUGCUCGGAAAAGGGUUCCGACUAUUGCCAAAGCUGCCAAGGACCGACAAUUGUGCGUCCGAAGCCCCGCUACUAUGAGCCCAGCGAUGUGAACCUCUCGCCGAUCGGUGACAAUUGCUGGUGCAGCAAGCAGCUGAUCGAACCCGCCCAACUGCCCAAGACCUGCGGAAAAACGACACCAUGCAAGCCCACCUGCGGAUGCCAGCAGAGCGACGAUAGCUACAGCAGUGGCUCCAGCUCCAGUUCCAGCUAUGGCAACAUUGCCUAUGCGGCCGAGAAGGCGGAAGAUAACAGUCCGGCCGCAGAUCCCAUCAGUGUGAGCCUGGCCGCCCAGGCCGGCAAGGCCAUCAAUGUGCCCGAGGCUAAACUGGCCUUUGGCUUUGCACAGAAGCCUGUGGAUGGUGUUCAAAAGGUACAGUUCUCCAAUGUGCCCGAGGAGAAUCUCUUCAAGCUGAAGAGCGAGGUCAUCACUCUGAAGAAGCCCAACUAUGUUGCCAAACAGGAGGAGGAAGAGGAGUACAUCGAGGAGGAGGAGCAACAGCAGUCCGAUGAUGAGCCGGCCCCCCAGUUGACCUACAAGCAGCUGGGCUACAUAACCGAGCAAUUUAAGAACCCCAAGUUCAAGAAAAUAACCAGUUCCCGCUCGAGCUAUGGCUCUAGCAGCUAUGGCUCCAGCAGCUACGGCUCCAGCAGCUACGCCUCCAAGAGCGCCUCCAGCGAUGGCUACGGCAAGGUGGCCGGCAAGGUUUCCGUUGAUUGUGGAUUCAAGCCGGGACGCAUAACCUCCUACCGCAAUGCGAAUCGCCAGGAGCCAGAUGCUGGUAGCUGCUAUUAGGCAUAUCCUGCUCAUCCUUCCGAUUGUAAAUAUCUACUAUUUAUGCUAAGGAAUGAAUGGAUGGAUGUUUGUCUGUCUGGCUUAGAGUUUAAAUAUAUUGACUUCUCACUAUUUAUGCAAAAAACAAACACAAA